UUUACUCUCACUGUUGCACGGUUUCAGUGGUUUCAUUCACGAGAACGUGAUUGCGUUUACUUUCAGUUCAGUGCAGUUUGGAUUUAGAGCUUUCAGAAUGCGGCUUCAAGUAUCUUGGCUGCCGCUUCUUCUUUGCGGAGCUGUUUUCUUAAGUUUUUCCGAAGCGCGAAGAAUCCGUGUCCAGCCUAUACCUGAACCUGAGGAGCAAGAAACCAUUCAGUAUUACGCAGCUGAACCACAAGAUGAAGAGGUUCAAUCGCCGCGACAACGCGUAGUUUUGGUAUCAUCAGCAGAUCAAUACAAUGGUCUUUAUGGACAACCAACUGCUUCGUCUAGAAGUACUUCAGAUAAUUAUAUUCCACCGUCUCGUAAAGCUCUACCAACUGCUAGAGCUAAAGAAGCAGCUAAAGCGCCCCCAGUACAAACCAUCCGAAAUUACAACAAAGUCAAUGAUGAUGGUUCGUUCACUUUCGGUUACGAGGCUGCUGAUGGUAGUUUCAAGGAAGAAACGAGAGGUACUGAUUGUGUUGUCAGAGGAAAAUACGGUUAUAUUGAUCCUGAUGGCAACAAAAGAGAGUUUACUUAUGUUUCUGGUAAUCCUUGUGAUCCCAAUGCUCCGAAAGAUGAACAAGAAACGGAACAAGAACAAGAAAACGAAGCUGAUAAUGGACCAGCUAAUUAUCCGACUCGACCAAUUCGACCGAUCCGACCUGUAACAUUGGCCCCAAAACCUGCAGUAACAUUGUUUCAGAAUAACUACGACCAAAGCGAGGAAGAACAACCCGAACCUGAACAAGUGCUGAAACCACAACAGCCUAUUCGUCGCCCCAAUUACAUCACCCGACCAACAUAUGCAACAGAAGCGGCGCAAGUGUAUCAAAGACCUCAACUUAUUUCAGCAACGACACCAGCGUCUUAUUUGGCGAAGCAACAAAGCAUCAGUAUUACCCCUCGACCAGUUUCACCAACUCCUUCAGCUAGGACUCAACUCCCGGCUACAACUUACCGCCCACAACUGGUUCAAGUUUCAGUAACUCCAAGACCUUCCGUAUUGUACACCAAAUCAAGCACUGCACUUCCAUCAAGAGGUAGUCUCGAUUUUGAUGCAGAAUUCCAAAAAUUCCAGCAAGAAAACAAUGUUAUUGCACCAACCCCCACUCCCAAAACCGUAACAAAAACCAAUAAACCGACUUCUGCAGGUACUGGAAAUCCGGUGUACUCAUCAGCGCUUGUAUUUGAUCCGACUUCCGGACAAUACAACACACAACUGUACCAAACCCUUCCUCAAACGGAGGGUGAUUUCUCCCUAAAUCAACGUAUUCAACCCUAUGUUCACCAACCACAAAGAACCGUGGUGAAUUUACAACAGCUUCAACAGCAGAGUCCUCUCUACACCCAUCUGAGGCCUCAACCGUCCCAAGCUGAGUAUCAACAACAACAAGCCGGGUUGCAGUUUCAGAACUCGGCGCAUUUGUACGCCCAACAACAACGAGCAAGACUUCAACAGCAACAACAACAAAAACAAGCCGUUCAAGACCAACCCGUCUAUUAUAUUCAACCUUCUGGAGACCAGCCGUUGGCGUCGGGUCAAAUUGACGCCUUUCUAAGAGGUCACAAUAUUCAGUUUUAAUUAAGUGUUUUGAGAGACUCGAAUAUAUUAGACUGAUCAAGGCAGAGGGUGUAUAUAACCUCUGGCUGUCUUUUUAGUGAAAGUGCAACGAUAUCUACCAUAAACACGGUCACGCCCCGAUUAAGUAACACUGAGUUUGCAUGCUUGAAUUUUUAAAGCAUCGCCAAGUGUUACUUUUCACUUUUGCAUCGGGUGUUGAUCUGCAUAACUUUCGACAUUGUCUUGAUUCAUUGUCAUUCCUUUCAAGGCCGUUGGGUUGCACCGCUGCAACCUUGAAUACUUUAGAUUUUAUUUAUGUUGUGCCUUAUGUAAUGAAAAAUUACCAAAUGUUAAUGUGGAAAUGAGCAGUCAUUAUUGCGUGGUUACUAGGUUUUGUACAUAACGCAGAUUAAAGCUCUAUUUUUUUAACUCUUGAUGUAAUAAUAUAGUAUUAUUAUUAUAAUGUUUGUAUUUUGUUAUGUAAGACCAUUAAUAAAUAUUGUAUAUAUUUA